AACCAUUCACUUCACAUAACGUUACCUGAUUACCUAUUGAUAUUAUAUUUGCAACCCUAUAUAGAUUAAAUGUUUUAUAUACGAAGACAAAUUCUGCAAUAAUACUGUAAAAGGCUGAUGAGGCAUAUCUCAGUUUCUUCAAUGAUAAUCUCAUCUUCUUUAUGAAUGAAAAAUGAAUUCUGCACAGGAUACUUCAAGGAUGAUGUGGCAACAUCCAUUUGUCAAUAUAUUCAAGCAAUUCAAAAUAGAGAGUUGGAAAAGAUCCAGCAAGGAAGGAGAUGUUGCAUCAGUAAUGGAUAAACAAUUGAAAUGCACUGUCUUCAGAAUACUAGGUUCAAUACCAGCAGCAAACUAUAUUCAGAUUCCACGUACAAGUACACAGUCACUUGGACUUACUGGAAGAUAUCUUUAUAUUUUGUUCAAGCCUCUACCAACAAGAUACUUUGUUGUUCAUAUUGACGCAGCAACAGAAGAAGGAUUGACUGUUCGAAUUUCAUUUUCAAAUUUAUUCAAAGAAUUUAAAUGUACUUCUACUUGGCUGCAGUUUCCUUUUGUUUGUCAUGCUGCCAAAGGAAGUGUAGAACAUUGUGCAUCACAAGGAGCAAAGGCAGAUAUGGUAGGAGCUGCUCCUCUUGCUCAGAAAUGGACAAUGCUUGUCUUGGAUUUGCAAUACAUAUUGUCGGUUUAUAUAAACAGGAAAUAUUCCCAUUUGAAAAAUCUGCGAAUCUGCGCGAACUUGAUGAUUAAAAAUUGCUUCACUUCUGAUAUUGAAUAUGACCCAAGAUUAAGUUUUCGACAUGCUCGAGAACUUGGAAUUAAAUCAACUGAAGAGAAUCUUGCACCAAUGCCAAGAGAUAUGAAUUUUCACAUUCCUAAAAAUAAGUCAUGGGAUGACGUGUUUGAUCUUGUACGAUUUCCAACUUCACCUGAUGCACCUUCUCCCACAAAACCAAGUUUGCUUCCAUUUGAUUCUAUUCAACGUAAUGAUAGACAACCAUUGGUAGAAAGAUCACAAUCUCGAAAGUCAAAAAGAGUUACAAAUGGGCCGCCUGGUACGAUACAUAGCCCUCGCAGAGAAGAGGGUAAAACAGUAGAUGCAUCGAGACAUGGUGGUUUCCAUACAAGAGCACAACAUGCUAUAUCUGUUGCUACUGUUCCCAAGAAACAGCCAAAAAAUAAACCUGUUCCGAUUGUCUCUGAGUUGCCUCCUGUUGGACUGAGCAUGUUGAAUUCCACUGAUGGAACUGAGCCCAAUGAUGUUACACUCGUUGAAUCCGGUACCGGUGACAUUCAUAUAUUCACUGAUGGAGUGGAUAAUCGAGAUGUUGAAGUUCACAGGCAUUUUAUCAAAAAUAAUAAGGGUUCAACAAUACGAAGCAUUGCAACUGUUGAUCCAAAGAUGAAAAAAGCUACCGUCAAGACAUCCGCACGAUCAAGUAAGAGUAGCGCAACACCUCGAUCAUCAAGGAGUACAAAACAAACAUCACCAUUUCAAGGGUUUCACACAACAGAUAAAAACUUUGAGGAUAUGACUUGUCUUCAACCUGAUCCUAUAUUGAAGAUGAAACAUGUCAUAGGAUUUGGAUCGGGCAUAGGCUCUCCUCGCCCUAAUGUCCAAGCCUAUAGGAAUCAAGCAAUGUGGCAUCCUGCUGGUCAUCAAUGUGGAGGAAACGAUGUUGUUGUCUACGCUGUGCAUGCUGUUAUUGUUGCUAUGGAGAUUGCAAACGGCCAUCAACAUUUUUUUGUUGGGCAUACUGACAGUGUUAUAGCACUUGCAUUUAAUGACUGCAGUAGGCUAUCGAAAACACUUUCUACAACAUCCAUACUCGCAUCAGCACAGAGAGGUGAUGGUGGCAUUGUAAGAAUAUGGAGAUUUGAUAACAAAAAAUGUUUAGCUAUUGUUAAGAAUCAACAAGCUAGUUCUAUGAAUAUUUUAUCGUUUUCUGCGAGUGGAGCAGUUCUGAUUGGAUGUGGAAGAGAUAUUCAUGGAAAAACAUUGAUAAUAGUUUGGGAUACAAGUGGUGUUUUGAGACAUGGAACUGUCAGUGUUAUGGCGAGAGCAAGAGCUGAUAUUGAGAUAACUCGAUUGCGUAUUUGUCCAACUGAUGAUACAAGACUUGUAACCUGCGGCAGAGAUAACAUCAGAUUUUGGCGUGUUAGAUCAGGUCAACUUCGGUCCUGUCCUGUGAGCCUUAGCCAACAUAAAGUGGGAGAAGUGACUGAUGUUACUUUUUCUAAGAUGGGAAAAGUCUCUGAAAGAAAUCUUCCUGCAACUUCUGUGAAUGACUCAAAUUUACUCACUCAACAUGAUAUAAUUCAACACUCUGUGUAUGCUUGUACUAAAGGUGGAUAUAUUAUUGAGAUUGAUUUUCAGAAUGUUGGAAUCAAGGAUAUUCAUAGGUUACUACCAACACACCUGGAUAUGGAUGAUUCUCAGAAAGGAAUCCGUUUGAAUGUCAUCAGAUUUGCUGAUUCCUACCUGGCCACAGGAUCAGACGAUGGAUUCUUACGUUUAUGGCCUCUUGAUUUAUCAACUGUAUUUCUGGAAGCAAAACAUGAAGGUUCUGUAGUUGAUAUCGAUCUUACGAAAGGUGGCAGUCAAUUAGGAAUGGCAACAUGUUCAGAAGAUGGAAGUAUAAGAAUGUGGGAUUUUUCAACAUUGAGGCAACUUUAUGAUUUCACAACGCCUGAUGAUACUCCUACUUCUGUGUCUUGUCAUCCAACACUAGAGAUAUUUGCAUGUGGGUUUGAGAGUGGUGCUGUGAGAGUUUUUCAUGUCAAACAAAUCAGUCUAUUAUCUGAACAUCAGAUUCACUCUUCAAAAGUAACUGGAGUAAUUUUUGCACCCUCUGGAGAAUUUUUGUAUAGCGCAGAAGUAAAAGGCACCGUCACAUUAUAUGACACCUCCGACGUUGAAAAGACUGGAUCCGCUGUUAUUCGUGCAUUGCCACGUGCUAUUGCAAGAGGCGACAGAUAUGGUCCUCGUAGUAUUGCUGUGGCACCAGACUCUCGUCGCAUAGCGUUUGUUGGACCCACUGAAUAUACUGUUACAGUGGCAGCUGCUGCAACACUUGAUGAAUUACUGAGGAUUGAUAUUUCUACUGGUUUACACUUGGAACCUGAUAUUUUAAAGCAAAAACCAACUGUUGAUUGUCCUUUACGGGUUUGUUUUUCCACUUCCUCACAACAUCACUUGAUGGUAGUUACCACGGGCAACAGACUCUUGAAGUUAGGAUUAAAAGAUGGUUGUCUUCUCUCUAUUACUGAGAAUAUUCACAGGAGCAAGGCAACAUCUGUGUGUGUCAGUGAUGAUGGAAAAUAUUUUGCAACGGCAGGGGAUAAUGUUGUGAAAGUUUGGGAUUAUGAACUUUCUAAAGAUAUUAAUUUUCAGGUAUUCAUUGGUCAUUGUGGGAUGAUCAAUCGUGUUCUGUUCACUCCUGAUCAAUCAAGUAUUAUAUCAUGUGGACAGGAAGGAAUUUUUCUUUGGGAUUUUCUGGGCCAGGCUGCAAGACGUUUCAAUUCAAAUGAAGGAUCAUUAGCAGAGUUGGAUAUUCGCUCCCACCGUGAAAAAAUUGAUGAAAAUAUAUUAUCUGUAGGAAGAUAUCAAAGAAAAGAUUUGUUGACAACAGCAAGAAGAACAAGUGAAGAAUCAGAUGACCUUAUACCAACUCGAGACAUUGGACUUCACCCGCAAGUACUUGAUGAUGAUACUCCUCAACCUAGACUUGAACUACCCAAACCUACCGCACCUAAAGGUGAUUUAAAGAAAAAAAGUCCGGCCCGAACUGAAAAUUCAGGUUGGAUUCCUCCCGAUACGUUACGUACUGUUGAUCUUGAUGCAACUGAUGUUUCAGAAUUUACACUCGAUACUAAAAUGAUGGCAAAUUGUAAAAUAACAGAUCAACCUGAGAAACCUUUUGAGCAUCACACAAACUCGAAACUCCGAGAAAAUCCUACCACAACAACUUCAACAUUGCAAGAUGAUCCUAUCAAGGUUUUCUGGGGAUCCAACACAGUCAAAGGAAGGGAGGCUUUAUCACCAAUAAAGAAAGUGAAAGACACUGAGCCAUUGCAUAGAAGUAUAAAACCAACAACUAUACCAACAGGGUUUAGUGAACAACCACCAGUUUUGAAACAUUUUUGUGCUUCUAAAAAUACAAGCACAUUAUCUCAUCGGAGAUAUGCUCCAAGGAAAGGAGAGGAAGGAUUGAAACUCGAGUCAGUAAUCGGUUAUAAUGGUAAUGGCCGUGGCAACAUGGUAUGGAAUCCUGACACUGGAGUUUUCGCAUAUUCAAGUGGAUGCAUUGUUGUGUUGGAGGAUCUUGCUAAUGGAACACAACGUCAUCUUACUGGACAUUCAGAGGAAAUUUCCACUAUGGCUUUGCAACAUGACAGCCAGAUUCUAGCAUGUGCAUCGUGUGAGAAUGGAAUGGUUCACAGUGAGAUUGGGUUGUGGGAUGUAGAGUCUGGACAAUGUCGAGCGACUCUUAAACAUCAUGAACACGAUGUAGUUGCAAUGGAAUAUUCUAGGGAUGACCGAUUCUUGGUAUCAAUCGGAGAUUAUCGUGAAAAUACUGUUGUGUUAUGGAGUGGAUAUGAUAGUGAAACAAAGCCAACAGUUUUAACAUCAUCUACCUGUAAAUAUCCUAUACAUCAUAUAACAUGGGAUCCAACUGCACCUAAUGAAUUUGUUACUGUUGGACAAAAUUCAAGUAUUUUAUUUUGGUUGGUAGAAGAAUGUGGUUCUGAGGUACAAUUACAAUAUCACGAAGGACAAAUACCUGACAGUGUCACAGAAGCAUGUGGUGCUGAAAGCAUCAUUGAUAUUCACUUUACAAGUGCUUGUUAUGGAACUGAUAAAGUGCUAUAUGCAGGUACUAAUAAAGGUGUUGUGACGGCAUGGGACACACAAACAAACGAAUGUUUCUUACAUUGGAAAGCAGAUACUGCGGAAAUAUGCGUUCUGUUAUCAAAAGGUGCUAGAUUAAUAUCCGGUGGUGUGUCUCGUAACAUUCGAUUAUGGACACUGACGGCAGUGCAAGAAGCUCAGUUGAGUUAAGACAGUGAUCUGAGAUUAAGAGGAUUGGUUAUGGAAGAUGAAUUAUCACUGCAUUCUGAGAUAACUUCAGCUGUAUUUGAUGAAACGCUUGAUCUUGGUAUUGUGAGUACCACAGCUGGUACAUUGUGGUAUGUUGAUUGGAAUAGUCACAAUACUGUUCGGAUGGUAACUGGUCAUAAGGCUAAAAUCAAUGGUAUAACAUUUGAUGAUGGCCAGUAUUAUGCAACAUGCAGUGAAGAAGGCUCAGUAAGAUUAUGGUCUGUUAAAACAUUGGAACUCACUGUACAAUUCCAGGUAAUUGAUCAACCUUGUGGCUGUGUCAUCUUUAGCCAUGCUCAAUCAUUGGAAGAUUUAAUGUUGGCAGCUGGCUAUGGUGAUGGAACAUUAAGAGUGUUUGACGUCGACAAGCUGAUCCUGAUGUUGAAACUGCAGCCACAUUCAACCAAAGUAACGGCGAUUGCAUUUUCAUCCGACAAUUGUACAUUGUUGUCUGGUAGUCACAGUGGAAGGAUAGCCAUCACAUCAUUGUCAACUGGUGUUACUUUACGUGUGUUGGAUGAUCAUUUGGGAUCACCUAUUACACAAUUGACUGUUUCAACUAGACAGGAUCACCCAGCCUCAAUUUCAGCCCAUUUGACUGAAAAAGACUCGAGGAGAGAUGGGUCGUUUUCAACUUCAUCUGUGUGGCUCGCUACUGCGGCUAACAGAAGAGUCAGUGUGUGGGUUAGUUGUUGGAACUCUGACCAAUGUGACAUGGUUGAUUGGUUGACUUUUCCAGCUCCAUGUUUUGCUCCAGAUGGGACUGAGAUUAGUAGGAAUGACAAAUUGUUGUUUCAGUCCUCAGUAUCUCUUCUUCACCCAGCUGUUGCAUAUUUCAUCCAUCAAAUCCUGAUUUACUGGUAUACACAGGGUAUGGAAUGGAAAAGUUCGUACAACUUUAUAGCUUGGCUAAAGAAAGGUGAAUUCAUUACUGUACCAGGUGCUUACAAUAACGAAUGGGAGCGUGUUAAAAGCAAAACUAGGUAUCUUCGUAGAAAUGCAGAGGGCGGAAGUGUUGAGAACCACUGGCAUAUGCGAUACUUUUUGAUCAAUAAUCUUCUAAUAUAUUUUAAGGUUGUGAAAACUUUUUCAAUACCGAACUGGACACAAUGUUUGGAUGCAUGUAACUCAAUCUCUAGUGAAGGAACUCGUAAAACCAACGUUCAAUUACUAGCACUUGGUACCGAAUCAAGAAUAGUUGAACUUGUCGAUGCCUGUCACGGUACAUUCCAAGAUUUCUGUGGACAUUUCGGACCCAUCAAUCAUGUGAAAUUUUCACCAGAUGGAAAACUUCUCCUUACAGCUUCUGGUACUGAAUUAUUAUUGUGGAAAGUAAUUGCCACUGAAAACUGAGAAAUAUUUUAUGCUGUGAUAUGAUGAAUUUCAAGUAUCAGCUACCCAACUCUAUAUUUUGAAUUCUACAAGGUAAUCAGAGUGUAGGACUCUACAUGAUAAGACUUUUCAUAUUUUAAAUGAGAUAGAUGCUGCUAUUUUGUAUCAACCAAUCAUUAAAGCAAGAACUUGUUUUAGUUUUCAAAAAUUGUAGGUUUCAAUUUUUUUAGAGUAUGUUAGGUAGUGAGCUGCUUUCUUCUUCAAAAUACCUUUUUCAGGUAGUAAUUUAUAAUGUCUUGAUUUACCCAGAUUCAACAUUUUUGCUAGUUGGUAUUUUAAUAUUAGUGUGAAAACUUUUUUUGUGGGUUAAAUGUCUUAAUGACAUUAGUGCUUAAAGGACUAAUUAGUAUCUCAAUAAUAUUAGUAAGCUAGAAUACAAGAGCAAAUUAUUUACCAUUUUGCAAUAAUUGGAAAGUUUUUAAAACAUUAGUCAUGUGUUUUCUCUGUUCACAACCGAAUCAUCAAGUAUUGUGUAUAUUUUUGACAACGUCAUAUUCUAUUUAAGACAUAAUUGAGGUCCAACAAAGUAGCCGAUUUACAAUUGUGAUGUCUAAUAAUACAAAACCUGUGAUCCCGCAAUAUACACAAAUGUGACGUCAUGACAAUCUUUGUCGAUGGCGACGCAACAGAGAUGUAGCCUAACGACCCCAUGUAGGUUUUUAUUUUUUUGUGCUUCUCUAUUUGUAUCUUAGUUUACACAGGGUUUGAUUGUAAAUUUUAUUUGUAUAUUUUACGAUGUAAUAUUUAUUUGUAGC